AUGAAAAGCCCACACCCAGGUGACUUCAACCAGCCCUCGGAACCGGUCUUCCGCAACAUCGAGCGUCAGUCACCCACCUCGCUCUCUCGCGAAGACCCUCAUACCUAUAACCGCGACGAACGGGGCCGCUCACGCGUCGCGCACGAAGCAGAAGGGAAACCGCGACGGAAACCGCAGGCAUCGAAAUCGAGGAGUCGGAGUAGUGGGAGUGCGAGUCGGAGACUAGGGACGAAUUCGAGGCCGAGGUCGAAGAUGAGGCGGGAGAGCAAGGGAAGGCCUGAUUAUCGGCCCUGGCUGACGUCACGGUCUGAGGUACGCGAAUUGACUGAAAAGCGCCGCUUAACUCAUAGAUUUGGCUGGGAAGUAUAG